CUUUUAGUCUAGUCACAGAGGUUGUCAGAAAACGUAAUGGUAUGGAGUUCUGAGGAGCAGGAAUCAAACUCAUUUUCAGAAUACGAGCGUGACCUCUCCCCUCCUCCUGAGAGAGAGAGAGAGUGAGAGAGAGAGACAAGUCGUUGGACCGGGGUUUCCUUAGGUGUUUGGCUCCAGUCAUGGCCGGGAGCUCAGAGAAAGUGCCGAUUCCCUCGGUGGGACCAGAGGACCUGCAGCAGCUAAUGCCACCGGCCUACUCCGCCGUCGCGGUCAAGCCUGCGGUCACCGGCCGCCUCCUGAAGGCCGGGGUCGCGGUGCUCGUUGCCGGAGUCCUCCUGCUGCUGCUGGGGGCAGUCGGAGCCUUCUUCUUCUGGAACAGCAAUGAAAAACAAGUCUACAAUAUCCACUACAGCAUGAGCAUCAAUGGCAAAGUGGAGGAGGGUUCAAUGGAGAUUGAUACGGCCAAUAACAUGGAGAGAUUCAGCACCGGCAGCGGGGCGGAUGAGGCCAUGGAGGUCCAUGACUUUGAGAUUGGGAUCACAGGGAUCCGGUUUUCAGGAGGAGAGAAGUGCUACAUCAAGACCCAGGUGAAGGCUCGACUGCCUGAUGUGGAGGCUCUCAACAAGGACUCAAUGACGUUUGACCUGGAGGACGAGGUGAUGCCGGCCAAGUUUGAGGACGAUCUGAUCUGGGUGGCGGCUGACACCCCCGUCUCUGACUCCGCUUUCCUCAGCAACAAGAUCAAGGACUUGUGCGGAGAGCUGCCAGUCUUCUGGCUCCGUCCCACCUACUCAACCAGCAGACAGAGGAAGCGGAGGGCCGCCCCCCGUCAGCGAGGCCAGGCACCUGGGGCCGGGGAGGAAGAGGAUGUGGAGGCAGAGUUCAACCCAGAGAACCCCUAUCAGAGAGGUGUUGAGGAGGACCAGAGCAACAUGAAGGCCUACAGCAUGCUGGACCACGAGGGUGUGUGCUGCGCUGAGUGCCGUCGCAGCUACACCCACUGCCAGAAGAUCUGCGAGCCACUGGGAGGUUACUACCCAUGGCCAUACCACUACCAAGGCUGCAGGGUGGCCUGCAGACUCAUCAUGCCCUGCAGUUGGUGGAUGGCACGUAUUCUGGGUGUUGUAUAGACACCCCCACCCACCUGGAAGGUGGCAGGGCCCUGGAAGGGAAGGACGGAGAGGGAGGGAGGGGAGAUAAGAUGGUGGCUUCUCAUUUACUGCAGACUGCUGUCUGAGCAGAUUUGUUCAAAAUGAGUUUCAGUAAUCACACAUUAUAAAUGCAUGGUACAUAGUCUCUGCACACUGCACAGCUCGUCUCAUUAAAACCACAUACAUGCUAUUGACUUAGAUGCUUCUGAACUAUAACACAUGCUAUGGUAUGAAAUGUCCAUCGGAUGUCUUUGCAAUCGUCUACUGACACAGGACUGAAUUCAAUAAUGUGCAAGUCCAUUUAUCUGUGGGAAAAGCAAAUGGAUUAACAGAGUGGUCGUUUUCCUUCAUUUGCUUUUUGAUGGAAAUAAAUGUAUAGAGUGCAGGGGACUUCAACUGCAGUCAGCUUCAAUAACAUCUACUGUUUGUUUUUCGUCAUUGUAGUUAGAAAUAUUCUGCUUUUAUAACCUUUCAUGAGACAUUUUUUAAUCUUCAUGAGUAGCAGUCAUUAAAGCCAUGUACUGUACAUUUGCUUUUGGAAACUUUGAUCUAAAAGUAUUUUUAAUCUCCAUUGAAGAAGCUAUCUCCAAGUG